AAUGACAUCCACUGUAUGAUUACAUUACUAUUAUUAGAUUUCUCUUAAAUUCUUCUCCAUCUAUGCACACACAUUGCCAAAUACAAUCCCUAAAACCCUAAUUAUCUGUCUGUCUAGGUUAGUUUAGGCUGAGAAGAGAACCCAAUCGCUGCAAUGCACGAGCAACUCCACCAAUCCUAUUACUCUACCAAAUGCAGCGGCUGCGGCGGAGAGAAGAGGUGGCUCCUCCACAGCGUCCGACACAGAGGCAUUUACCGUCGCCUCUGCACUGAUUGCAUGCUAAAGAGGCACCAAGGCCUCUUCUGUCCCUUGUGCUUCCACGUAUACUCCGAUGAUGACAAACGCUGUGUUAUUCCGGCUGUAGAGGAGCGGCUGAUGUGCCUGAACUGCCCUUCCAUCUCUCACCUCGCCUGUGCUCCCUCCUCCUCUCACCCUCUUCUCUUCCUCUGCCCCGCUUGUUCUUCCUCUAAUUUCUCAUUCUUCGAUGACAAUCCUAGCUCUAAUGCCAUUGAUAUCGACUCCGCUCGAGCUCUCGUCGCCGCAGCCAAGAUUUCCGCCGUGGCGAUGGCGAAAGCUGCGGCGGUGGCUAGGGUUGAAGCUGAGAGGAGAGUGCAGGAGGCGAGUUUGGCUAAGAAGAGAGCUCGUGAUGCUCUCGAACGAUUCGCGUUCCUGUCGUCUGCAGCUCUCGGUAAUGAAGAGCAGUUGAGAAAUGGAAAUGGUGGUAACAAGAAUACAUCAUCACCGCAGUUUAAACGCCGUUAAAAAUCUUCCUCUACACAGGUGAUGAUCUGGUAUGGUAUGAAUCUGUAAGUGCAUAAGAUGUUAAUUUUGUAGACAAUGUAGUUGUUAUUGUAUUCUGGUUUUAGAUUAAAAUUCAAUUCAUUCUGAUUUAUUCUUUUA